AUGAAUCCUGGCAUAUUAUUAAUUAUGAGGCGGCCUGGUGGCCAUUAGUCCUACUCCUGGCACUGGGUGUCACCUCUGAGCCAUGGCUGUGUUGCCUUUAGGAACUUGCCUGCUGCUUGUGUUCUUUUCCUGGGGCUUGUCCUUUUACCAGCAGAAAUGCGGAAAAACCAGUUCUGUGGUUAAUUGCUGCACUUCCCUUCACGCCCACACUAUCGGCCUUCUCCUCCUUCUCAGCCUGCACACACCUCUGUCUCUUUCCCUCUGCUGCGCUCUGUCAAUCCAAUAGGAUUUGCUCUCCUAUUUUAUUAACCCUACUGAUCCCCUGCCCCAAGCCCCUUCUCCCUUGGGCGAGCCAGUGGGCUUGAUCACAGGUAGAGAUCACAGGUAGCUGCCUUCCUGGCCCUGCCCUGCCCUGCCCAAGGGCAGCUAUUGGAGACAAUGGCUGAAAAGAGUGACAAGAAUAUGAAAGCCCUAAAGGAGGUGUGGAGGAGAGCUGAGAAUGCCUUGUGCGCAGACUGUGGGAAACCAGAUCCUGACUGGGCAUCUUAUACUUUGGGUGUCUUUAUCUGCUUGAGCUGUUCAGGGAUCCACCGCAAUAUCCCCAACAUUAGCAAAGUUAAAUCCUUGAGGAUGGACCACUGGGACGAGGCCCAGGUGCAGUUCCUGGAGCAGCAUGGGAAUGUGGUGGCUAAAGCCACGUAUGAGGCUCACAUCCCCAUUUACUAUUACCAGCCGACUCACGCCGACUGCCAAGUCCUGAGGGAACAGUGGAUACGGGCCAAGUACGAGCGCAAGGAAUUCACCGAGCCAGGGAGACAGCUGCCGUAUUCCAACGGACUGAAGGAAGGGAUCCUCUGGAAACGGGGCCGGGAUAACGGGCAGUUCUUACCCCGCAAGUUUCUCUUGUCUGAGAGAGAUGGGUGUCUCAAGUAUUUCUCCAAACCAGACGCAAAAGAGCCCAAAAUAAAUAUUAAAAUUGACACUAUCAAUGCCACAUUCCAGCCAGUGAAGAUCAAGAACCCCAAUGGCCUACAGAUCAGCUACCUCAAGGACAAUAAGACCCGCAAUAUCUUCCUUUACCACAAGGAUGGAAAGGAGAUAGUGGACUGGUUCAAUGCCAUACGCGCAGUGCAGGUUCAUUACCUGAAGGUGGCAUUUCCCGUGGCCAGUGACAACGAGAUCAAAAGCCGACUAAUGCAGAAAUUCCUGAAGGAGGGAUACAUGGAGAAGACUGGCCCCAGGCAGAGAGAGGCUUUCAAGAAGCGCUGGUUCACACUGGAUCACCGCAGACUCAUGUACUUCAAGGAUCCAUUGGAUGCAUUUGCUAAAGGCGAGGUGUUCGUGGGCAGUAGGGAGCAUGGAUAUAGUGUCAAGCAAGGGCUGCCAGCAGGGGCUCAGGGCAGCUUCUCCUGGCAGUAUGGCCUCACCAUCAUCACCCCCGACCGGGAAUAUCUCUUCACCUGCGAGACCGAGAGCGACCAGCAGGACUGGAUCACGGCCUUUAGUCAGGUCAUUGAACAGCCCAUGACCCCCCAGGAGUAUGCAAUUGAAGCCUACUUCAAGCUCAGCUCCUAAGAACUCCCCGGAGAACCUGACUCUCUCUGCCUUAGCUCAGAGGGAGGGUGCUAUGGGAGAGAAGAGGAGCUGUGCACCAGAGAAUCUAGACUCUCCCAGUACCUCAUGGCUUGGAGCACUUUUUCUUAAACAGAUCAACCAACCUCCCUUUGUUGCGGGGGGGGGGCAAAUUAGGCUGUACUCCUUUAAAUGGAAGACACAUUCCAAGACUGAACACUCAAAGCAACCAGUCACUGAGACCACUCCUAAGCAAUGUUGUAAUCGAACUGGAGACCGGAAGGGUCUGUCCUCCAAUAUCAGGCUUUGAAGGUUUGCGUACCACGAGUGGUGAAGGAGGUGGGGGAGUGUUAUCUUUUAAACUUCCAUUAUUGCACCUUAUUGGAAAAGGGGAAGCCACCAUAAAAGUGGAAACAGCCAAGCAUUCAGUCAACAUGAGUGGUUUGCAGGGUGGAGUGCAGCUCUGGCA